AGCCCAGCCAGCGCUCAGCUUUUCCCAUGAUCAUCAUCAGAUCCAAUACAGUAGUAUUGCCUCCACAAUAAGGCCCGUACUUAUAGGGAGAGGGUGGCGGUAAUGGAGUCUCGUACUCGCUAUGAGUACCUCCGCCGUGACUGGCUUGAGACCGUCUCCAAGGAGGUUGGCCUGAAAGCACUGAGAAGACCCUGCCGUUGUUACUACUCUGCGUGGGCGCCCGAAGAACAAGAACAUCGCCUACUACGGCACCUUGCCGACCCCUUCCUCCUCAGGGGCACCCACCUCCUCAGCAGCACCAGGCCGGCUAACGGCGAGGGCACCUAGACAACCUCGCAGAGCUCAGUACCCAGCAUCGCGACCAGUUAGGCAGAAUAUACGCCAUAAUCGGUCAGCAUUCAAGUACGACGACGAGGACGAGUUGGCCUCGCAGAGCACGCAGUCGACCAUAAUAGUAGGCGGAAGUCAAGUAGUAGAAGU